GUAUAGUUUGACCAGUCAAGUAAUUUACACCAUCAUUUUUGGCGCCGACCGGGGGACCGUUAAGGUUUCUUCUCCUAAACACAAACCUACCCACCAAAACACCACUCGAAAUGUCUUCCAGCCAACAAAUCAACGCUACUUCCGCUCAGGUGCAGGCCACCAACGAGGGAGCCAGCAUCCCUGUGGCUGCUACCAUACCGGUCAUUUCAGCCCCGGUGUUGCCUUUGGGUCUGAGCUCUGUCCCGACGGCCAGCGUGAUCAGUCCCUUCGUGACCCCCGUCCCUUCCGCUAGACCGAGGGUAACGUUCCCACCAAGCAUGACUCAGUUCAUGAAUGACCCAGCCAACCUACAAGCCAUCCAGGGCUUUGGCCAGGUCAUGGCCAUGUGCCAGCAGAACGGGGGGAUGCCUUUCCUCCCUGGUAUGUUCCUAUUCGCCCUUCCAAGCGCGGGGACCAUGCCCCUACAAGCUCUGAUGGCGGUGACGUCGUUCCAGACGCCGAUGCCACAACCAUCACCUUUCCAGCCCCAGCUGGUCAGCACCAUGGCCCCUGUCAACUUGGCCGGUGCACUUAACGCUGCAGGGCCGUCGCGUCCCCCGCAAGCUACGGUUCCGCAGAUCACUCCUGACGGUCAUUGCGUCUCGAUUGAGAGCGAUGACGACGAGUGGGACAUCCCGAGGGCCCACAAGAAGAAGAAAGGAAAAAACAUCCGGCCAGCGACCUCCCGAAACUCCGACUUCGAAAGGCUGGGGGAUAGGGAGGAAGGCCAGAGGAAGUCAGCCAAGCAGAGGCUGGGGCAGAGUGUUGCCCAUGUCAGCGCAUUCGCCCGGCUAGGCGAGGUGCGGGAGGCCGAGCCUGUCCGCACCCGGCGCUCCUGGUCUAACCGGCAGGAGCCAGCGAGGACGAGGGCCUCCCACCAGGAAGGGGAGGCAGAAAGCCAGCCCAGGUUACCGGUGGCGAACCGGUUAACCAUCCCAAACGACCGCGUCCAGCAGAUGGAGGCAAAGCUGGAAAGGCUGGAAAAGAAGGUCGGAGAGAAGAAUGACCGGGACAAACCCCUGGCAGGGUCCCCGUU